AUGCAGUCAGUUUUUGAUCUAUUACUUCUAUAUCUUGAAUUACCUGCAAGAUAUUUAUCGGAAGCAUUCAAUAUUGAUAUAACAAAUUCAUCGCAAAGUUAUUGUAAAUUCUAUUUCAUAACCUCAGAUGGUUUACGUUUACUGUCGCCCAGCCUCUUGAUGUGGGCAUGUUUAGAUCGUUAUCUAUCAUCAUGUGGUGGCUCGAGAUAUCGACAAUUAGCACAAAUGAAACUAGCCCGUUAUACAAUCCCAAUAACAAUCAUCAUUUCCUUUUUACUAUUCAGUUACGUUCCAUUUUUCUAUGAAGUAUACCAAAUUCCUAAUACUACAAUUAUUGUCUGCUUUAUUAAUGGUGACAGAAAAACACAAUUUCAUUUAAUUUAUUUUUCAUUUGUAACAGCACUUUUACCAACAAUAUUACUGGUUUUAUUUAGUCUAUUAACACUGAAAAAUGUACGCCAUCAACGUCAUCAAAUACAACCGAUUAAUCACAGUUUACAUCGUCGACGUGAUAGACAAAUGGUACGAUUAAUGUUAUGCCAAACCUUUAUCUAUAUAGCAUUUGGUUUACCGUUUUUAUUAAUAUCAAUAUAUUUGUCAUUCACAACCGCAUCAACAACUGUUCUAUCAUCGUUUGUUAUACAACUAUGUCUGCUGAUAAACUAUUUUGAUUUUGUAUAUAGUUUCUAUGUCAAUACACUAUCAGCAUCAAUGUACAGAAAGGAAUUUAUCAAAUUAUUAAAUAAAUUAAUGAAAAUAUUAUUUCGCUCAACAAUAAUUGAACGACGUUAUUUAUCACAACACUUUGGUCAACAAUCAACAAGCUUUCGAUUAAAUCGAAUUACUACUUUACAACCGCAAACAACAAAUUGA